AUGUCUGUUAGAUACGAAUCCUCCAGCUCCGAUGCUUCUCCGCUUGGAGCCCCUCUCAAAUAUGAGUUUUCCGGCAGAGUUGCACAAAAUCGAUUCCUGAAGGGAGCAAUGAGCGAACGUCAAGCAUCAUGGGACCCAAAAGAUCUCAAGGCUAGAGGAAUUCCCUCCAAGAGCCUCAUCAAUGUCUACAAGAGAUGGGGUGAGGCAAAAUAUGGACAGAUCUUGACCGGAAAUGUUAUGAUUGAAUAUGAUCAUUUGGAGGGUAUGGGAAACACAAUUAUUCCACGGGAGGCUCCUUUCGAGGGGGAGAGAUUUGAGAGAUUUGCAGCCAUGGCAAAGGAAGGAAAAGCUCAUGGAAGUUUAAUGGUUGCACAAGUGAGCCAUCCGGGACGCCAAGUCGAGAAUAGAAUACAACCGAAUCCUAUUUCUGCCAGUGACAUCAAAUUAGAAGGAAACUCAAUGGGAUUGUCCUUCAACAAGCCGCAUCCAGCAACUCAAGAAGAAAUUGAUAGCAUAGUUGAUAAAUUUGCCCACGCAGCAGAAUAUCUCGAGAAGGCUGGUUUUGAUGGUAUUCAGCUCCACGGUGCCCACGGUUACCUCCUCGCCCAAUUCCUUUCAAAAACUACAAACAAAAGAACAGAUAAGUAUGGAGGAUCGCUUGAGAACCGAUUCCGCAUUAUCCAGGAGGUCGCGGACGAGAUUCACAAGAGAGUCAAGCCGGACUUCAUCGUCGGUAUCAAGAUGAAUAGUGUUGAAUUCCAAGAAGAUGGGUUUACGCCUGAAGAUGCCAAGGCUGCGUGUCAAGCACUCGAGGGUGCAAGAUUUGAUUACGUGGAGCUUUCUGGUGGGACAUACCAAGAAUCUGGAUUUGUUCACAAGCGCGAAUCGACCAAGAAGAGAGAGAAUUUCUUUUUGGAAUUUGCCGAGGAAAUUGUUAAGCCUUUGACCAAGACCAAGACUUAUGUUACUGGUGGAUUUAAGACUGUGGGUGCCAUGGUUUCUGCACUGGAUACAGUUGACGGAGUAGGGUUUGGUCGACCUGCUGCUCAGGAGUUCCUCCUUCCCAAGGAUAUUUUAGAAGGGAAAAUUUCUAGCGCGAAGAAGUUAGCUAUUUCGGACGAUGAGUUCUUAUUGACGUUUAUGGCGGCUGGAGUUCAAAUGCGCCAAGUUGGGGACGAUUAUGAGCCCGUUGAUUUGAGCAUCAGGGAGAAUGUGGACCUCUUUUUAAAGGAGGUAGGGGCUUUUGGUGCGAAGAUGGCUGCGGAUACGGAGUUGAAGGAGUCUGGAUAUCUAGAGUGGACACUCAAUAAUCAGCCUUUUGGUUCUUCUUAA